AUAUAAACACGUUCGACUAAAUUAUAUUCAUAUACAUCAACGCGACAAAAAUGGUGACUUUGUUUCCAAGUCGGCGAUUCCUGAACGGACCGUUUCAAGUCGUAGCCCUGGAAUUCCUGGACAUGGAGGGUCAUAAUUACGAACGCUUCGGGGAGGGGGAGAGGGACAACUACCAGAUUGACUACCGGAGGAUCGUGGGGGAUAUGGAACCGGCGCGGCCUCGGCUGCCCAGCAGAGAUGGGGAGCAGGUCCACCUCUACGGUGCCCACGUCCACUCCACGGCGCACGGCCACGGCCACGAGACUGCUGCGCAGCGGUACAGCGCCACGCGUAUCCAAGCCGGGUAUGAACCAGAGAGCAUGGCCGACUACUUGAUCAGCGGAGGCACGGGCUACGUUCCCGAGGACGGCUUGACGGCGCAACAGCUCUUUGCGAUCGGCGACGGGCUGACGUACAAUGACUUCUUGAUCCUGCCUGGUUUCAUAGAUUUUACAUCUGAUGAGGUGGACCUCACGUCGGCAUUAACGCGGAAGAUCACGCUGAAGACGCCUCUCAUUUCAUCUCCCAUGGACACGGUCACGGAGUCAUCCAUGGCCAUCGCUAUGGCAUUGAUGGGAGGGAUCGGAAUCAUUCAUCAUAACUGUACAGCCGAGUUCCAGGCCAACGAGGUGCGCAAAGUCAAGAAAUUUGAGCAGGGCUUCAUCACGGACCCUGUGGUAAUGAGCCCCCAACACACCGUGGGCGACGUGUUCGAGGCCAAGACCCGCCACGGUUUCUCUGGGAUCCCCGUUACGGAGACCGGCAAGAUGGGGAGCAAGCUGGUCGGCAUCGUCACCUCCAGGGACAUUGACUUCCUGUCUGAGAAGGACCACGACAGGCCCCUGGAGGACGCAAUGACAAAAAGGGAGGAUCUCGUUGUUGCACCCGCUGGUGUCACGCUAAAAGAGGCUAAUGACAUUCUACAACGCAGCAAAAAAGGUAAGCUACCGAUCGUGAACGACAGCGACGAACUGGUGGCCAUCAUCGCCAGGACCGACUUGAAGAAGAACAGAGACUACCCCCUGGCUUCGAAGGACUCCCGCAAGCAGCUGCUGUGCGGGGCGGCCAUCGGGACCAGGGACGACGACAAGUACAGACUGGACCUCCUCAUGCAGGCGGGGGUGGACGUGGUGGUCCUGGACUCCUCCCAGGGCAACUCGGUCUAUCAAAUCAACAUGAUAAACUACAUCAAACAGAAGUAUUCGGAACUCCAGGUGGUCGGAGGAAACGUGGUAACAGCUGCUCAGGCUAAAAACCUCAUUGACGCCGGUGUGGAUGCCCUCCGGGUGGGCAUGGGCUGCGGCUCCAUCUGCAUCACCCAGGAAGUGAUGGCGUGCGGGCGGCCCCAAGGCACAUCGGUGUACAAGGUGGCAGAGUACGCCCGGCGCUUUGGAGUGCCCGUGAUCGCCGACGGCGGCAUUCAGACCGUGGGACACGUGGUCAAAGCGCUGGCUCUGGGAGGAUCGACGGUGAUGAUGGGCUCACUGCUGGCGGCGACCACGGAGGCUCCGGGAGAAUAUUUCUUUUCCGACGGGGUGCGUUUGAAAAAGUACAGAGGAAUGGGCUCCUUGGACGCCAUGGAGAAAAACAACAGUCAGAAGCGCUACUUUAGCGAGGGAGACAAGGUGAAGGUGGCUCAAGGCGUAUCGGGGUCCGUUCAAGACAAAGGCUCCAUCCAAAAGUUUGUGCCGUACCUCAUCGCUGGCAUUCAACAUGGCUGCCAGGACAUCGGCGCCAAGAGUUUGUCAAUUCUACGGUCCAUGAUGUAUUCCGGGGAGCUGAAGUUUGAGAAGAGAACGAUGUCUGCUCAAAUGGAAGGAGGAGUUCACGGCCUUCACUCUUAUGAAAAGCGACUUUACUGAGGCCGGAGGGAAGGGAAACGCCCGAUCGGGUCCGGACGUCCCCGCGCCGGCGCCGCUGAACCGACGCACCCAGCGCACGUGAACAAGUUCGACUUCCCAUUUCUAAUAACUAUUUUAGAGACAACAUGCACCGCUUUCAGUCCCUCAUAAACUUGUCUGUCCAUAUUUUCUCGAGAGCAAACAGUCGGUAAAUUAAUGAUGUGACCAUAUUUGUUCCUCAUCAUGUGUGGGGCCUCUCACAUUAAAAUCUAAAUUUCGCUGUAUGUGUGUGUGUAUACUCCGCUUUAAGAAGCUUAGACACACUCAUCUGUUAAAAAAAAAAAAAAAAAAAAAAGGUACACCUACACCAGGGGUGGGCACAUUUUUUUUUUUUAAUCAGGCCUCCCAAAAAUUUAUAUUAAGAAUUCUGUAAUCGUCGUUGCAUUAAAUAAUCAAUUUCCCCAUGAAAUCUGGUUAGUGGAAGUGUUCUUAUUGCUGAUGUCUGUAUGUCGAGCAUUCUAUCCGUCCAUUUUCCAAGCCGCUAAUCCUCACAAGGGUCGAGUCUCACCCAGCUAACUUCGGGCAAAAGGAGGUCGACACCCUAAACUGGUCGCCAGUCGGUCGCAGGGUCCAUCCAGAGAACCAUCAUGAGCGGGAAACGGGCCCACGCCGCCCGCACCGAAGUCAGGUGUGUGUUUAAUUGUCAAAAACAAACAAAGAUGAAAAUAUUUGCAGUUGUGAAUAUGUGCAAAGGUGCAAAUGCGGCAUGGAUGGAUGGAUGGAUGGAUGGAUGGAUGGAUGGAUGCAUGCACCGGAAACACAAAUGCAAGAUGUUUGAAUUGUAAUUCAUUUCUUGUAAUUACAUCAUUUCAAAAUCAUUAAAAUCACUUUUAAUAGACAUUAAAUCUUUAUUUGACUUUAUUUUAUAACUGGUUGAGUAAUAUACAUCAUUAAUAUUUAAAAUUACUGUUUUAUAAAAAAUACCUUUUACAAAAGAACAAACAUUUUACUCUUUUAUUUAUUGACUUAAUUACUUAUCGAUCUAUAUAUUUAUCUAAUAACGCAUUUUUAAAUGGCCUGGACUGCACCCGUCAAAAUUAAAAGUCGCCCACCCUUGGUCUACAUAAACAACUGCGAUCUGAGACCUGCAUCAAUAACUGUGUAUUUGGAAUAAAGCUAUUUUUGUCCGUAUGAUAUAUUCAUUAAACAAUACAUUUAAUUAAUAGUUUCCUGUGGUGUAAAAAUGUACUGCAAAAUAACGAGACGUGACUUUGGACUGUGUGGGUGUACCUUAUUACCGUAAUUUCCGGCCUACGAGCCGCGACUUUUUUCACACGCCUGCGGUUUGUACGGUGAUGCGGCUAAUUUGUGCAUUUUUUUUCUAACGGCCGCAAGGGGGCACUCGAGGGGAAGAGGUAAAAGUGAGACUGGUGGAAUAUGUGUGCCGAGGAAGUGACUUUUACCAGUCUGGCCCUGUUACCGCUGCGCUAGCGUGUUACUGCCGUGUCUCAGUGAUUUUUCCCAUUGCGUUUUUUUUUUUUUUUUUUUUUUUUUUUAAACCGGCCCUGUUAGCGCGGCGCUAGCGUUAGCGUUAAGCUCUCUGUGUAGCAUCUUACUUUGUAAAUAUCUCAUUUUUCAAUGUGGGCACUUGUGGCGUUUACACAUCUGCGGCAUAUGUAUGUACCAAAUGGUAUUUCCGUUACUGGGUGAGGCUUAUAACCAGGCCGGGAAUUACGGUAAGUGUCCACUGAGUGGGUUUUGCAUGUUGAAGUUGAAAAGUCGGGUACAUAUGAAGACAAAAAAAAGCCCAUUUGCAUUUUGACUGUUUCACAUUUUAUUUCAUCAUGACAGGAAAGCAUCAGAAAGAUGCACUUUGUCGGAACAAUGUUUUUACUUUUGUGGCUUACCCUUGGACAAAAGUCAGCAAUGUACAUUAAUUGAUUGGUGUCUCGUUUGCACCGUUUAGUACAUAUUCAGGGUCAUUUCUCCCAACCGUGUCUAAAGUAUCUGACUUCACUCAGGGUCGUCUGGUGUACGCUUUAUAUAAAAUUGGCUCCCUAAUAUGACAGAAGGAACAAAAGAACCAACUUGUACAAAUAUGUAAGAAUAUGUACAUGCUGCGUUUUGUGUGUGCGACUGCUGCAAUAUACACUUUUAUUCUCGAUUAAAUAGAUGACGCUGGUUGACAAAAUGCUCUUGUUCUGAUGAUUGAUGGCAUUUGACAGCUAUUCAUGUAACAAUAUUGCACUGCCAUGCUUGCUGGAGUAGUUUUAGUUCGCAGAAUUCACUGCCCUGCGUCAUACUGCUAUAAUAUUCGGCCUCUUUUGUGGAGAAAAAUGAGGUCAAAUGUC